AGGACAUGAACAAGCACUGAAUGAUGGAAGAAGAAAGUCAAUAUUCACUCAUGAAGCAUAACAUCCCAGCUGGAGUUUUGAAGACUGGUCUUCUGAAUUAAGUCAGUGUGAUACCUACAGCAUCACUGAGAUAAAGACCUGCAGUCAUUUUUCGGGGCCAUGCUUUUCAGAGGAAUAGUGGCUAUGGAAAUAGUGGGCAUGAUGUACUUGUUCAAUGCAAUGUUUGGACUUGGAAUCUUAGCCCUGCCAAAAGCCUUUGCUGAUGCAGGCUGGCUGACCAGCAGUGUUAUCUUGGCAUUAGCCAUGGUGAUGAGCUACAUUACUGUGACCUUCCUAAUUGAAGUAAUGGCCUCUGCCAAUGCACGAGUAGUUUGGAACAGGAAAAGUGACAGCUACAAAGAGAAUGAAAUUAAAUUGAAAGAAAAUAUCCUUGUGCCUGAGAAGAGAAGAGAAGAGCCUACACACCAGAAGACUUUUUACUCAGAAUUGUUAUCAAAGUGCCUCUGCUGCUGUUACCUGCCAGACGAUCCUAAACCAAGUGUGUUUGAUAUAAAUGAGCUGCUCUCCCUGACUGAUUUGACAAAGAUGUACUUCAAUACAGUUGGAGACCUUUUGAGUCGGAUUACAUUGAUGCUGGGUAUUUAUGGAUCACUGGCCAUGUUCCUGACCAUGGCUCCCUUCAGCCUUGCAGAACUCUUCUGCAAUAUCCCGAGGUGCACAGGAGAGAGCAAUUACACAGUUAUCUACUUGGAUGAAAACCGCUGCUGGGGGCCCAUCAGCAAGAGUAAUGCUUACAGGAUUUUUCUGGCUGGCUUUGUUUUCCUGAUAGGACCUUUUGUGUUUUUCUCCAUUCAGAAGAAUAAGUUUAUUCAAAUUCUUGCCACCACCAUAUCCUUCUCAGUUUUUUGCAUCAUAUUCGUCGUGGCAUUUCACCUCCUAGCUACUGGCCAUGGCAAAGGAAAUCCCAGCUUGGCUAACUUUGGAGCUCUCCCAAACCUCUUUGGAGCUUGUUCACUGGCUGCUGUAUCUCAUGCCACCCUUCCUCAGAUCAUCCCUCCUAUACAAAACAAGGCCUAUCUUGGUUUUGGUAUUGCUAUUGUCUUCAUAGUUGUUGGGACUCUCUAUGCCCUGCUUUCAUUAACAAUCAUGUUCACCUUUGAAAAUGAGAAGAUUCAGACAAUUGUCCUGUUAAAUUUUUUGGACUGCUCUGUUGCUCCUGGGGUGUUCUUCAUUUAUUUCUUAGGACUCUAUACCACUUUUAAGGUGAGUGCCAUCUUUCCCUUGAAUGCAGUGACUUUAAGGGAUAAUCUGUGGGCUAUGUUUAGCCCAUUUCAGUGUUCUCACAUCUGGAUUGUUGAAAGACUCAUCUUUCCAAUAUUGACCAUUCUCCCACCAAUUGUGAUUGCAAUGGUUACAGAGAAUAUAGAAGUGAUUGUAGGAGUAACUGGCUCUUAUGCUGCAACCAUUAUCCAGUUUGUUAUUCCACCUCUAUUGGUGUUCUUCAGCCGGAGAGAUACCCAUGAGAAGUUUGGCCCCAGUGUUCAUAUCAAAUUCGCUUCUCCAUUUCAACACAACCUUUGGAUAAUUAUAGUCAUCAUCUUUGCUGUAUUUGCUCUAAUCACAGUGACAAUAUUGUAUAUAACACAUCAAAGUUAAUAAAAAUAUCUGUGUUACAUAAUAAAACAUAUAGCAAGUGAAUUGGUUAUCCACAAUAUGUCAUACAUAUUUUUGUGCUAAAAACAGAAACAUAACACCAUAUUAUUGAUCCUUACUCGGGCAGGUUAUACACAGAAUUGAUCUGUAUUACACCUUCAUUUUAUGCUCUAACCUGCUCAUAUAAUUUUUAUGUCCUAACUCUCCUAAGAAGUCUUUGCAAAUGAUGUGUUACAUAGUUGUUACACUUUUAUUUAGUAAUAACAUAAAACAUGUUGUAUUGAACUGGUUAAGAUGGAGGGUGGAAUUAGCCACCGUCACUAAUGCAGUGAUUCUCAAAUGGUGCUGUGGUACCCUGAGAUACCUUGAGAUCUUUCUGUUGCAGGGUGCCAUAUAAUAUUAGCUGUUAGAUUCUCAAAACAUCAUUCACAAGAUAAACCCAGAGACUUUAAAAAGGAAUCCAUAGUGUUAAAAGCAUUCUGACCUGUUGUGACCUUUCUGAGUUCUUUGCAACAGAAUUACUCUAUUUGUCUGUAGUAAAAAAUCUAAUGAAAACUAAGAGUUGGCAUUUUCUGAAGAGUGCUUUGAGUCUAUUGAGGAGUGCCUUGAUCUAAAAUGGUUGAAAACCACUGCACUAAUGAAAUGCAGCAAUUCCUAGGGCAGGGACUGGCAACCCCCAGCACAAAGGUCAGUAUGUGGCAAGUGCAGGUAUUUUGCUUGGCACACCUGCCUUGGGGUGGAUGGCAGGGAAAAGGUUGGGGCUGUACUGAGACAACAGUUUGGGCUCCUUGCAGCUCCUCUGCCAUGCACCCCUGGCAUGCUAGCAUCUUACAAGUUGAAGUUGCGACUGUUUUUGGCACUCUGCCUAAAUGUGUUGCCAACUCCUGUCCUAGGCUAUAUAUCUACACAUAGAAAACAGCUGUUUAACAUAAAGUAAAACUGAACAAUAGUUUGCAGCAGAAAGUGAGGAGGAGGAAUAUAUCUGCAGGGUGAAUCUGAAUAGUUGAUCUUACAGUAGUGACUGUUAAGAUAUUUACAUUGCAUGGCAGCAUUACUAGGUGUCUAGUUUUCACUUAGAUAAAGCAAGGCGCAUUCAGAUAUCAUCACAGAUGGACACAGGAUUGCUGUGUGUUAUGUGUGUUUGUGUAGAUUCAUUCCCUUGUCAGUAUUAGAGAAUUGUUGUCAGAAUAAAUAAA